AUGGAUAGAAGGUGUUUUGGUCUAUUGUGUGAAUUGUUGCGCACAGAUGGGAGGAUUAAAAAUGAUGGUUUGGUGUCAGUGGAAGAGCAAGUGUGUUGUUUUGUACAUACACUUGCCCAUCAUGUGAAAAAUCGUACGAUUAGAGGUAGAUUUUAUAGAUCUGGAGAGACAGUUAGUAGGUACUUCAAUUCAGUGUUACAAGGUGUCUUACGAUUGCAAGGGAGUUUGUUGAGGGUACCCGAUCCGGUUCUUGCUGAAUGCACAGAUCCUCGAUGGAAGUGUUUUAAGAAUUGCUUGGGGGCACUGGAUGGGACUUAUAUUAGAGUACGUGUGCCUACAAAUGACAAGCCAAGAUAUCGAACAAGAAAGGGUGAAGUUGCUACAAAUGUGUUGGCUGUUUGUUCUCGUGAUUUGCAAUUCAUAUUUGUUUUACCGGGUUGGGAGGGGUCGGCAUCUGACUCUAGGGUUCUUCAUGAUGCAGUCACUAGGCCUAAUGGAUUAAGAGUUCCCACCGGUUAUUAUUACCUUGUAGAUGGUGGUUAUACGAAUGGUGAGGGAUUUCUUGCACCAUAUAGAGGAACAAGGUAUCAUUUAUCAGAAUGGGAUGGUGGAAAUUUGCCUAGGGAUCAUGUGGAAUACUUUAACAUGAAGCAUUCAAAGGCAAGAAAUGUGAUAGAACGUUGUUUUGGAAUGCUGAAAGGAAGAUGGGCAAUACUAAGAAGUCAUUCAUUUUAUCCAAUAAAGACACAAUGUCGUAUAAUUACAGCUUGUUGUCUUUUACACAAUUUGAUUAGGAGAGAAAUGUCUGUGGACCCACUGGAGAAUGCAGUAUUUCCUAUUGAGACGCAAAACGGGGAAGAUGUCAAUAUAAUUGACAACGUUGAGUCCUCUGAUCAGUGGACUGCAUGGAGGAAUGAAAUAGCUUUAAGUAUGUACAAUCAGUGGACAAGAAGAAGGGUUGCUAGGGCCCUUGCAAGAGCUGCUGAAGUUGAAGAAAAUAGAACAAGGAAUAGAAGAGCUGCAAUAGAUGACAAAGCUGCUAGGGAAGCAAGGGAUUAG